GGGCGGCUUCGGACCACCCCUGUGGGCAGCUGUUCAGUCUCCCUCGCGGUCCGCCGUGCCCCCCACCCUGACCCUUGCCCCCCCCCAAUGGCCCUCAAGCUGCUGCACGGAGCCUGCCGGGGGCUCGGCCCGGGGAGGAGCUACCACCCUCGGGGUCGGCAGACCCAGGUGAACGGAGACCUCAUAGAAGCCCUGAAGAAGGUGGUAGGAAGCGCUAACGUGUCCACGGCAACCGCUGUCCGGGAGCAGCACGGCCACGAUGAAUCCAUGCACAGAUGCAGCCCCCCAGAUGUGGUGGUCUGGCCGCAGAAUGUGGAACAGGUCAGCCAGUUGGCUGGACUGUGCUCUGGCUGUGACGUUCCGAUCAUCCCCUUCGGCACCGGCACGGGCCUCGAGGGAGGCGUCAGUGCCGUGAGGGGUGGUGUCUGCUUCAACCUGACACGCAUGGACCGCAUCCUCGAGCUGAACUCCGAAGAUUUCUCAGUGACCGUGGAGCCCGGCGUCACCCGCAAAGCCCUCAACUCAUACCUGCGGGACAAAGGCCUCUGGUUCCCUGUUGACCCCGGAGCCGACGCUUCCCUGUGCGGCAUGGCGGCCACGAGUGCCUCGGGCACCAACGCGGUGCGGUACGGGACCAUGCGGGAGAACGUCCUCAACCUGGAGGUGGUGCUGCCCGACGGGCGCGUCCUGCACACAGCCGGCCAGGGCCGCCACUUCCGGAAAAGUGCUGCCGGCUACCACCUGACGGGUCUGUUUGUGGGCUCCGAGGGGACCCUGGGACUGAUCACCAAGGCCACGUUGCGGCUCCACGGCAUCCCCGAGUCCACCAUCGCCGCGGUCUGCUCUUUUCCGAGCGCCCAGGCGGCAGUGGACAGCACCGUGCAAGUCCUCCAGUCUGGGAUUCCGGUGGCCCGCAUCGAGUUCUUAGAUGAUGUCAUGAUUGAUGCCUGCAACCGACACAGCGGCCUGAACUAUCCCGUGGCCCCUACCCUCUUCCUGGAGUUCCAUGGCUCCCAGCAGGGCCUGCAGGAGCAGGUCCGAAGUACAGAGGAGAUCACCAGGCUGAACGGCGGCUCGGACUUCGCUUGGUCCAGGGAGCCCGAAGAGCGAAGCCGGCUCUGGGCCGCCCGCCACAACGCCUGGUACGCAGCCCUGGCCCUCCGCCCCGGCUGCAGGGGUUACUCCACGGACGUCUGUGUCCCCAUCUCGCGGCUCCCGGAAAUCCUGGUGCAGGCCAAGGAAGAUCUGAGGACAUCUGGACUCACAGGCCCCAUCGCUGGGCACGUGGGAGAUGGGAACUUCCAUUGCAUCAUGGUGUUUGACCCCGAGGACGCAGACGAGGGCCGCAGGGUCCAAAGGUUCGUGGAGCAGCUGGGCAGGCGAGCCCUGGCCCUCGGAGGGACCUGCACUGGGGAGCACGGCAUCGGCCUGGGCAAGCGCCAGCUCCUGCAGGAGGAGGUCGGCCACGUGGGCAUCGAGGUCAUGGGGCUGCUGAAGGUGGCGUUGGACCCUAAGAACAUCAUGAACCCUGGCAAGGUGCUCUGAGGCCACUCCUGGGCUGCUCCAGAGAGCUUCUGCCUCUGUCCUCUCUGCUCCCGACCCAGGCCCUUUUGAUAGUCUGGAGGGGCCGGAGCAGGAAGAGUCCUCGGGGACCCUUCUGCCGCUGCCCAGGGCUCCCAACCAGGAUGAACCAGCACUCCCACCUCGUUCCCCGACAGACCGAACGUACCAGAAUAAAACGAGUGUUGUUCUGCGU